CAGAGAGUCUCUUUUGCAAAAACCUUAAGUUUUCAAACGCCGGGGAAGUGAAGCGAAGCAACAACCUUCAAACCCUAGCUCCGGUGGAGAGAUUAACGAGAGAAUCGCAAUGUCUGGGUUUUCGUUUGGUCAAUCGAACACCGGUGGAGGAUCCUUGUUCGGAUCUUCCUCCGCCGCGAGCUCCUCGUCUGCUUCAUCCACCUCAUCUCCGUUAGCUUUCUCCUUCAAUCAGUCCACCGGAUUUGGAUUCGGUUCCACCGCACAGGCUGCUCCUGCUUCCUCUACAACUCCAUCGUUCGGAUUCGGAGCCACCGCAUCGGCUCCUGCUUCCUCCACAACUCCGUCGUUUGGAUUUGGAGCCACCGCUUCGGCUCCUGCUGCUUCUACAACUCCAUCGUUCGGAUUUGGAGCCACCUCAUCGGCUCCUGCUUCCUCCACAACUCCGCCGUUUGGAUUUGGAGCCACCGCAUCUACCGUAACGGCUCCUGCUUCCUCCACGACUCCAUCGUUUGGAUUCGGAGCACCCGCAUCCACCGGAUUCGGGUUCGGAUCCUCUGCUGCGUCUUCAUCUGGUUCUGCUCCCUCGUUGUUUGGAUCUUCUACCAAUGCUUCUGCGGCUUCUCCUGGUUCUUCUCCUUUCGGAUUCGUAACUUCAUCUGCUUCUCAGCCUGGCGCUUCUUCUUCUUCCGCGACUGUUUCAGCACCAUCUCCUUUCGGAGCAGCGCCUGCCAGUGGUUCAGCGCCACUCUUUGGAUCUUCCUCAUCCUUAUUCUCCGCUCCUUCAUCUGCAGCCAGCUCGAGUUCUCCUCUCUUCGCCACAUCCUCAUCUGUACCUGCCUCAACCGCUUCUCUAUUCGGCGCACAAUCUUCAGCCACCGCCUCCACACCUUCAAUGUUCGGCGCUGCGGCUCCGUUCUCAUCAGCCCCUGGCUCCACACCUUCAAUGUUUGGAUCCUCAUCAGCCUCUGGCACCUCACAGUCAAUCUUUGGCUCGGCCGCGUCAUCAGCCUCUGGCUCCUCACCGUCAAUCUUUGGAGCCACCGGUUCGACUCAGGCCAUCUUCGGAUCGUCUUCCUUGUCAGGCGCAGCAGCAGCUUCUUCACCAUCCCAGUUUGGAUUUUCCACCAACAACACUUCCUCCACUAUAACCAAUCCCUUGGCUUCUCCGUUCUCUGCUUCUACCGGACUCUCUUUCUCGAAAAGCACAGGAAGUUCCACCCCUGCUAUCUCCCCUUCCGCUCCUUCACAAACGACUUCGUCAUCUUCCUCAUUCUCAUUUGCUACACCCGCAAGCUCAGCUCCUGCAUCCACCACAUCCCCAGCACUGUUCUCUAUAGCAACCACCACCACCACCACGUCCUCUUCGACUCCUGCUGCCACUAGUGCACCAUCUUCCUCAGCUGCAGCCUCUACAACGACCUUUCCUUCUUUUGGUGUGGGUUCAUCUGCAGCCAACAGCACUCCGGCUACUUCCUCUGCUCCAGCAUUUGGGUUUACCAGCUCCACUUCUGCCGCUGCAACUACUGCUUUUGCUGUACCCCAAACAACACCAACUACUGCUACUACAACGCAGACAUCUCUUGUUGUGGCUUCCACUAGUGGGACAAGCACAUCUGUUGCAGCUCCAGUGGCUGCUGCUCCCAAGCUACCAUCUGAAAUAACUGGCAAAACUGUUGAGGAGAUUAUCAAGGAAUGGAAUACUGAGCUGGAGGAGCGUACAGGGAGAUUCAGGAAACAGGCAAAUGCGAUAGCUGAAUGGGAUAAGCGGAUCCUGCAGAACCGUGAUGUUCUUUUGAGGCUUGAGAUUGAAGUUGCAAAAGUGGUUGAAACACAGUCUAGUUUGGAAAGACAGCUGGAAUUAAUCGACACUCAUCAACAAGAGGUUGACAAAGCUUUGCUAAGCAUGGAGGAAGAGGCUGAGCGUAUAUAUAAUGACGAGCGCAAAUCGCUUCUUGACGAUGAAGCAGCAUCAACAAGAGAUGCAAUGUAUGAACAGUCUGAGCUUGUAGAAAGAGAACUGGAGCAUAUGACUGAACAAAUCAGAUCGAUAAUACAAUCCGUAAAUGCAAACCAGGGUGGAGAACUAGAAGCAGUUGAUGGGAUGAAUGCAUUGGACGUAGUAGUCAGGAUCUUGAACAAUCAACUCAGUUCCUUGAUGUGGAUUGAUGAGAAAGCAGAGGAAUUCUCAUCUCGGAUUCAAAAGAUCGCAUCUCAAGGCUCUGGUGCAGACCGUGAACUGAUGAUGGCUCCAAAGCACUGGAUGUCUUGAUCAUCAGCGCCUGAGAAACGAUCAUGAAUAUCUUCUUUUGUUCUGUGCUAGUGAUAUCUGAUUCUUGUUUACACCUUGAAUUUUUUUUUUUUUGAGCAACAUUUUACACCUUGAAUAUUGUUUACCUUUUGUACCAUUUGGAUAUUGAGGACAGUCUGUUGUUGUUAUCAGCUUUCUAUGAACCAUUGAAACUUUUC